CUUGUUUACGGAUUAAUUAGAAAUAACGGGUCAAGUAUUUCAAGCAGGUAGCCUCUUUCCGGGUCAACUUGCCGGUUCGGGCUGAUGUUCUCUUUUUGCUUUACAGAAAGAUAGGAAAAUUCAUUCUUUUAAAUAGUACAGUCGAAAAAGACAAAAGGUGGGCGUGGAAUCGUGGAUUGAUCGCAGGCCCACAAGUAACCUCCUCUGUUGUUUCUCCCGGCCCAGAGCCGAGCCCUAUAUACUCGCACAUUCCUUCGUUCACCACUGAUCAUAUCAAAACUCUCAACCUUCAACAAUCUUCCAAAUAUCUGAGGAUUAAGGCAGGAAUCCGAUAAUGGGGAAGAAGAACAAAGGCGGAGGCGGAGGAGACCACCAGAAGGAUGAAAAUGGCGGCGGCGGAGGUGGAGGCGGCAGCAGUAAUGUUGUUCUGAAGAUGGACUUGCAUUGCUCCGGCUGCAUUUCCAAGAUCUCCAGCAUUAUCUCCAGCUAUGACGGCGUGGACGAUGUGACUUUCGAUCGUGACGCCGGCAAGGUGACGGUGAUCGGCAGCGUAGAUCCGGCGAAGCUCAGAGAUAAACUGGAGGCCAAACUACACCAAAAAAUUGCUCUCGUCUGUCCACAGCCCAAGGGAGCCAAAGGAGGAGGAGAAGAUGGUGACAAUGACGGGAACUGUGAUGACAAGAAGAAGCAGGUGGUGACGACGACAACUUUGAAAAUGAACCUUCAUUGCGAUGGAUGUCUACACAAGAUUUACAAAAUUGUUAGCAAAACCAAAGAUCGAAACGGCUUUGCAGGGUACAUGGAGAUGUCCGUUGAGAGGGAGAAGGACCAGUUGAUGGUGACCGGAAUCGUGGACGCGAAGGCUCUGGCGGAUGAUUUGAAGAAGCAAAUGAAGAGAAAUGUGGAGAUUGUGCCGCCGAAGAAGGAGAAAGGCGGCGGCGGCGGUGACAAGAAGGAUGCUGCCGGCGGCGGAGGGGAGAAGAAGGGCGGAGGUGAAGGCAACAAAAAUGCUGGGGAAAUGGGGUUUGUGCAUCACGGCCCAUGCCCCUGUAAUUAUCCUUAUGCUUCUCAGUUGUGGAGUGAUGAGAAUGCUAAUGCGUGCAGCAUUUUGUGAUGUGAGGAAGAUGGUUGGUUCUAAUUUUCUAACAAAUGUAAUCAUCGAAUUAAACAUUUCGAUUUUGCUAGAGAUUUACAAAUUUGAUAAUUACACUUAUGUAUACCCCACUCCGUAUUAGUAAAUACAUCAGCAAUCUUUCCAAACUUUUGGCAAGAUAUAACUCACAUCUCCAUUAUUUUUCAAAAACGUACUUUAUCUAGAGAUUUAUUAGAGAAAAACAGAGUUAGAUAUAGGUAAAAGCUAAAAUUGCC